AUGUUUGUUGUAGCUUUAUUAUCGGGAACUCUGAAAACUAUGCAACGAGCGGCUUGUGACGAUGAGAUGGUAUCGUUAUCCUGUCCUUCAGGGACUUUAAUAAGCAUUCAAAUUGCUCAAUACGGAAAAGUUGUGCCUGGAAGCCAUGCCUGCAUAGCAGAUGCAAAUCAACAAAUGGAUGACGCAGAAGAAAUAUGUCUGUGGCCAAAUGAAAUGCAGUAUUCACUUCUACGAAGGGUUGUUGAGGCCUGUCAGAAGAAACCUCAAUGUAAGUUCAGUACAAAGUUAAAGCCAGAGAAGGUCGAUCCCUGCCCCUUAGCUCGCAAGUUCGUCGAAGUGGCUUACAAAUGUCGUCCCCAUGAAUUUCGAAGUCGAACUGGCUGUGAGGAUGAUGUGAUCAAGCUGAGCUGUAACCAGCAAUCAAGGGUAGCGAUAUACGACGCCCAAUACGGUCGUUUGGCGUAUGAAACCGUUACUUGCCCGAAGCCGCAGGGUGUUUCAGAUGAAUCUCACGCUGUUUGCUCAGCUCCGCAUGCUGUUGAAACUGUUAUGCAGAUAUGUCAUGGAAAGAGGUAUUGCCAGGUGGUAGCAAAUAACAAGACAUUCGGAUCGAACUGCAGCCCAGAUUUUAAGAGCUAUUUCAAAGUCGUUUACGCAUGUGUUCCAUUGGGAGUUCUAACAGAGCGCUACGAAAGUGCUGCGGAGAACGAUAGAGUCAUGAAUACACAUACAAAUAACGAGGAAGGCUACUUCGAUGAAUCAGAUACUGGUGAGAAAUGGAAAGAACCGAAUGGAGGUAUUCCAAUCAUAAAUCCAGUUUUUCCAGGGGAAGUAGAUAUGAUUAACCCGAUCCGAAAUAAAGUUGACGACACCCAAAUUACCUUCAAUUCUCAUAGAAACAGUGACAAAGACUCAUUUUACACACCGAACACGAAAUUCUUGAUCUACGUUAGUAUUGGUAUAAUAAUAGUCAUUAUAUUGAUAAUUGUUAUCAUAUUAACACGAUAUUAUAAAAAACGAGAUCGGACGAACAGAUCAAAAAACGGAGACAUGUUCACAACAGAAACACCGAACAUAUUUAGCGAUAACGUAUCAGAUUUGGACGUCGACGUUGAUGUUAGUCAAUUUUCUGGAACUUUCUACGAUCCAGCGCAUCCGGAUAUGAUUUUAUACAAGGACGGACCGAAUAAAGCGACACUUAGAGCCAUGAAGCCAUUGUCCACCGUGUAUCCUUGUGUAGGCACGAGCAUGUACGGGAAUGUUGACUAUGUGCCCCCACAAUCUAGUGACACAAGUUUCAAUAAAAAUCCAAAACAAGAACUGGUUAUGAGUCCAAAGAGUUUAGGUUAUGCUAACAACCAAUACUUUUAUGGGUGA